AGCGGCAGCAGCCGAGGGGCAAGGCGAUGGCAGGAACUCGGUGCGCGAUGCCGAUCAUCGCUUUCGACGACGAGAAGGACGGGCAUAGAAAUGGAGCCCGCGGCGAGAGGUCGAGGAUCUGGAGUUCGUCGAGGCCGGAGCGGAGCCGAGCGCCGCGAAUCGGGCCGAUUCGGAUCGAAGCACAGCAGCUGCAGAAGCAGAAGCGGGACGAGCGAAAAUGAAUUCGAGAAGCGCGUGUCGUAGCGUGGUGGUGGUGGUGGUGGUCUGGCUGGGCUGCUUCUGUCAGGAGAGCUGGAGCCGAGGCCCCGAGGACUUGGAGCAGAAUGCCGCCGUGCAGAGGUUCAGAUCUUAUUUGCGCAUCCCGACGGUGCAGCCGGAGCCGGAUUAUGGCCCAGCCAUCGCCUUUCUGCUGGGCCAGGCGCAGGAGGUCGGCCUGGCUGCCAGAGUGCUGGAAUUCGUGGCGAAGAAGCCCCUUCUCGUGAUGACCUGGAAGGGGUCGUCGCAGCAGAAAUUGCCGUCCGUGAUCCUGAACUCGCACAUGGACGUGGUGCCCGUGGAGGAGGAGAAGUGGAUUUACCCUCCGUUCGCAGCUCACAUGGACGAGGACGGCAACAUCUUCGCCCGCGGGUCGCAGGAUAUGAAGGUGGUGGGGAUGAUGUACCUGGAAGCCAUCCGACUUCUCAAGGCCCGGGGCUGGGCUCCGGUCCGAGACCUGCACGUGCUUUGGGUCCCGGAUGAAGAGAUUGGGGGCAACGACGGAUGGGGCAAAUUCGCCGAGUCCCAGGAGUUCGCGGAUCUCAAUGCCGGCAUUGUGUUGGAUGAGGGUCACAUUUCCUACAACCAGACUUACAUUGUCGACUAUGGCGAGAAGGCCAUGUGGUGGUUGGUCAUUCAGGCCUUCGGUGGAACUGGGCACGGGUCCAUUUACUUCGACAACAGCGCCUCGGAAAAUCUCUUCAAGAGCAUUGCAUCCAUAAACGCUUUCCGAGAAUCGCAGAUGAACUUGGUCAAAGCAGGCAUCAAGCCCUUGGAGGAAGUUGUCGUCGUCAACUCUGUUUUUCUCAAAUCCGGCUCUCCUACUCCUGAUGGGUUUACGAUGAACAUUCAGCCAUCUGUGGUGGAGGCCGGAUUUGAUGUGCGGGUGCCUCCAGUUGCAGAGAUGGGCGCAUUUAUGAACAAACGCAUUGCUGAGGAGUGGGCUCCCAAAAGUCGAAACAUGUCUUAUUAUUUUACGGUCAAAACGGAGACCAAAAAUGGUGAUGUUCCCGUGACGAUAGCAGAUGACUCCAAUCCAUGGUGGACACUUCUGAAGAAGGCGGUUUCUAAAUUCAAUUCAACUCUUUCACCCGAAAUUGCCAACGGAGCUUCGGAUUCUCGCUUUGCUCGGAUGCAAGGAGUGAGCGCUUUGGGAAUAACUGCUAUACAAGAUGUGCCCUUCCUUAUACACAGUGACAAUGAGUUCGGUGUGACUAUCUCAGGAGGCAGUGGGACGGAAGUUCAUGGACUUUGUCAUGAACGGUUAUGAAUUUCUGAAGGGGAUCAAGGUUGUCGAGGAGAUCAUUGACUUAUAUGGAAGCUUCUCUGGAUCCUUGCCAUCAGCCAGAGAGCAAGUAUCAGAAACUCUGUCGACGUUAUAAAUGAUUUCUUUCUCUACCAUCACCAAGUGCCUGGGAGAGUCGUGCAGUAACUCCAACCACGGUCACAAGACUGACAGAUAUAUCGAGCGUGAGUGUGAGACUUUCUUAAGGUUCCAUCUUCGGAGAUUCGUGCUGCAUACGACUAUAAUGUUGAGGUUCUUUCAAAGUAUGUGCGCGACGUAGUCAGAGGAGUUUUUCAUGUGAUUAUGUUGUACGCCCCAAGAUUGGUUUCUUUGAUGUAUUAAAAUUUUCUCGUCCUGUUAAGCUAGCAGUUUGACAACAUCUCAUCUUGUUCACCACGUGUUAAAUAGGUAGGAAUCGUGUGUAAUAAAGUCUGUGUGAUUAGCUCACAGAUUCAUCCACUGCAUAACUUGUACAUCUGGCUCAUCUUUGAACACCACCGAAUCAACAGUCAAGGAGCGGUUAAAUUUGGACUGCAGUGUAAUUUUUUCCUGAACGCUGAAUCAGCUAAUGAAUUUUCAAGUUAGCUACAGUGGUGAAACGCUUUAUCAAAUCUAACCGUGGUGAGUGGAUCUUGGGCUAUGGCCGAAGUGAAUGAAGUGGAUAUGCGUGGUUCAGUAACGUAAAUUUAUAUAAGCCAGUAUAGUGAAAGCUACAGAUGCAGCAAUUAUCUACAGUCGUGAUAAUCCAAACCGGUGACUGCGUUUUCUCAGUUCCCGCCGUCACGAGCAACUUAGGGAGUAAAGAUAACUGCCAUGGCUUGGCACUUCAAUGGACAGAACACCAUGCUCGAUCUCCACUGACUCGUUCGUCCAAGCCUCGGUACCCGAACAUUUCCAGAGGCUUUGAGGAUCCCGUUGCCUCAGAGCUUGUAUGAUCUGGUCUAUCGGAAUCGCAAGAGUCUUCUCUCUCCGCCCUAAGUUGAAUACUGCUAGGUACACUUGU